UAUACGAGUGCAAGAGCACAAUGUGGAGGGGAUGGAGCAAAACUGUUGCGACAAUUCAUUGGCAAAAGAGAAAGAGGAUGUGAAUUCAGUUUUGGGCGAACGUCUGAGUGGGGCGCGGCCUCGGGAUGAAAAACUCUCCGGUUCUUUUCGACGGUAUAAAAGACUUACCACAACUCAGAAUUGUAUCAGUAAUCCACAGGACAUUACAGCAGCAAUGGCAUUCAAGUUCAUCACCCUCUUCGCCCUCGUGGCCGCCGCCAACGCCGGAGUUCUGGCCCCCGCCCCCCUCGCCUACCACGCCGCCCCCGCCUACGGCUACGCCGCCCCAGCUUACGGCUAUGCCGCUCCCAUCGCCAAGGCCGUGGUCACCAAAACCGUCGACGCCGACUACGACCCCAACCCCCAGUAUAGCUACUCCUACGACGUCCAGGACUCGAUAACCGGGGACAACAAGCAGCAGCACGAGACCCGCAACGGUGACGUCGUCCAGGGAGGAUACUCGCUCAUCGAAGCUGACGGAACCCGACGCAUCGUCGACUACACCGCCGACCCCGUUAACGGCUUCAACGCCGUCGUCCGCAAAGAGGGCGCUGCCGUCGCCGUCAAGGCCGUCGCCGCCCCCGUCGUCGCCAAGGUCGCUGCCCCACUCGCCUACGCCGCCCCCGUCGCCAAGUACGCCGCCCCCCUGGCUUACUCUGCGUACGCCGCCCCCGUUGCCAAGUACGCCGCUCCCCUGACGUACUCCACCUAUGGUGCACCCAUCGCCAAGUACGCCGCCCCCCUGGCUUACUCCGCGUACGCUGCCCCCGUUGCCAAGUACGCCGCUCCCCUCUCUUACGCCGCCCCCGCCGUCGCUCACGCCGCCCCCCUUUCCUACACAGCGUACGCUGCCCCCACGGCUCAUGUCAACUACGCCGCCCCCGCCUACGCUUACCAUCAUUAGGCCGAACUUUUUUGUAACAAGUAAUAUUUAAGAGUGUAUAGUUUUUUUAAAUAAAACGAGAUACACUUACAUA